AUAAACAGAACUAAAUAUUUUUCAGACUACCCUCACUUAAUCUAAAGAUGGAUGACCAACAGCAGUUCUGCCUGAGAUGGAACGACUUCCAGACCAACAUGGUCGCCUCCUUCAAGCAUCUCAGGGACGAAAAGUCCUUCACUGACGUUACAAUUGCCUGUGACGGUCAGAGCACCAAGGCUCACAAGAUGAUUCUCUCUGCCUGCAGUCCUUACUUCAAGGCACUACUGGAGGAGAACCCGGCCAAACAUCCCAUCAUUAUCCUCAAGGAUGUUCCAUUCCAGCAUUUGACCGCUAUCCUGGAGUUUAUGUAUGCUGGUGAGGUCAAUGUUGCUCAGGAUCAGCUACCACAGUUCCUCAAGACAGCAGAGAGACUCAAGGUGAAGGGGUUAGCUGAGGCACCACAAUCCGUCAAGUCGGAGUAAACCUGGAGGAACCAACUCCGUCCCUGCUCUGGGGAUAAAAUCUAUCUUUCCUAUUUUGUGUGUUUGUUUUAUAAGUACAAACUUUGUAAAAAAAAAAUUAAUGACACCAAAAAUACAUUUUCAAACAUUGUACAUAAUAUACCUUCUAUCAGUUUGUACAAUUUCAACUCCGGCCGAAUUUGUACAAUUCUCUUCUUUUCCAGAA